AUGUCGAUGAUAGCUUUUCAUGGGAAUUUGCUGAUAAAAAAAACUUGGUAUGGCCCUUACCAGAAAUAUCUCCCAACCAAGCAGACUGCACUUCUUACCUUGUUUGAUGAACUUGGAGUGCCACAUGAAGAAGAAAAGCAGCUGCAUGGUUAUAUUCUCACCAUCAUUGGUUUGGAUGUGGACCCAAAUGCAAUGACUAUCACCAUGCCUGAUUCUUCCCGAUUAGAACUCAUCUCAGCAAUCCGAAAUUUUGCAGUUGUUGGAUCACAACACUCAUUACAUGACUUUGAAAGCUUAGGUGGUUGGUGCAAUUGGUCUUUCAAUGCAUAUCCUUUACUCCGACCUGGCUUAUCUAUGUUUUAUGCAAAGAAACAUGGAAAAACACAGCCAUUUCAACUCAUUGGAAUUAACAAAGCUUUAUGCCGUGAACUCAUUUGGAUGGCUGAACAUCUUGAACACAUGCCAGGCAUUCUCUUGUUAGAUUCACUUGAGUGGGGUCCUCACCUUGCAGAUAUCUUGGUACAAACCAAUGCCUCCUCUAAGGGUCUUGGUAUUUGGAUCCCACAGUUGGCCACUGGGUACUAUUCACAUGUUACAAUGCCAUCAGAAGAGGGAACCUUUUUCAAUGAAGCACUAGCUGUUGUCUCUGCACUUUUGAUGACACUGGAUUUGUCUUCCAGACCCCAUCGUAUUCUCAUCUACACUGACAACACAAACACAGUUGAUAUUUUUGACUCUCUACAUGCCAAACCCCUCUAUAACCCACUUCUCAUCACAGCUGUUGAUGCACUAAUCACCCACAAAGCUCAACUUCGUGUCCUACAUAUUCCCAGAUCUCAGAACACAAUUGCAGAUGCUUUAUCCCAGGAUAACCAUGACUUUGUUCUUGCUCAGCAUCCCAAUGCCAGAAUACAUAAAUUCAGUCUUCCACAACUGAAGUCUGGAUCAGAUAAUGUCAAAUAG